AUAUGCUCGUCGAGAAAAUUGAUUUUAACCCUAAGGGAUAGAACAAGGGGUGUGGCUAACAUAAAUUUUGAUCCGUAAGGGACAACAAAAGGGACCUUAAAGGGUGCUUUCAUGUAUUUUUUGAGGUAUCAAUAUAAAAAGUUAGAUUCGAGUUGUUUAAGAUUUUACUUUCUUCGUAAUUUACUUUCUUCGUACUUUCUCUUGGGCAGUCAAAACAACGAACGCGAUUCCGGUCAGCGGAUGGUUCUAGGUAAUUCCAUUUCCUACCCGUCAAAGCUCAAAACGAACAUUUGAAAGGAUCUUCUUUAGAAGUUUCCAGAAAGCCACCUGUUAAAAUCCGUCACGCUUUGCCAACCGGAAUUUUAUCCGAUUUCACCAGAUAUGUAAAUUAUCAAAUGCAUAGAAGUUGUAUACAAGUUGUAUAGAAGGCCUAAGCAUUAAGGUGCAAAAGUUUUGGGUGAAAUACGUUGAAUGCGUGGUUUUCCCUUAUCGCGUGACCCCCUGGUGUCAUAAUCUUUAUUGUCAGGGAAAACCCAACAAUUAGCGAAAUUUCUAGAAGACAAAAAUACACAUUACAUACAUAUUAAGUUCGCACAAUGUGGAUUUCAUUUAAAAAGCAGUUGUAGCUAAGGGAAGAGCAUCUCUUGCUAGUGCGGUCUCUACAAUGGAGAGUAAUUAUUAUGAAGUUCUCGGAGUAGAAAGGAAUGCUACUACAGAUGACAUACGGAGAGCUUAUCGGAGACUGGCGCUCAAGUACCACCCAGAUAAAAACGCAGGGACCGAGGAAAAUUUCAAGGAAGUUUCAGAGGCUUAUGAAGUUCUUUGCGAUCCCCAACAACGUGAAAGGUUUGACAAGAAGUUCGCACCAGACACGUUCCGCUAUUCGUAUUCAAAGCGCGCGACAAGUUUUGAUUACGAAGUGAAUUGCGGUGGAUUUCGAAAUUCGCAUUUCAGUUGUACUACCGAGGAAGCGAAACGAAUGUUUUCGAGGAGUUUCUGUGAUGAGGAUUUCAGUGACCUCAUUGGCGGGUUCGGAGACUUUGGUCUUUUCAGUAGAGAGAAGUCUAGAAAAAGCAGUCGAUACGAUGAUUUUUUCAACGAAUUUAAAGACGAGAUGGAUUUUGAAACUCCGUUCAAGAAAUUUAAAGUCCAGGAUCCGCCGAUUGAGAGAGAUUUGCUGAUCGGCCUUGAAGAGUUACUGAGGGGAAGCACAAAGAGAAUGAAACUUUCUAGAAAGAUCUUUCAAGACGGAUUGUCAUCUAAAACAGAGGAAAAAACCCUGAUCGUGAAUAUCAAACCAGGCUGGAAGCAAGGAACGAGAAUAGUCUUUCCACGGGAAGGCGAUAGAAGACCGGGAAAAGACCCAUCAGAUAUAGUAUUCAAAAUAAAAGACAAACCCCAUCGCCAUUUCACUCGGGACAAAGACAAUAAUUUAAUCUACAAGGCGACAGUGUCACUGAGGACGGCUUUAGGAGGGAUGAAUAUUCAUGUGCCUUCUUUGUGCGGCGAAGUUAUUGACUUAGAAAACAAAGGUAUAAUUCAACCAGGCAUGGUUAGAACAAUCAAGGGCGAGGGAUUACCAAUACCGGGGAACCCAUCUGUCAGAGCUGACAUGAUAGUAGAGUUCGACGUACAUUUCCCGAAUUUUCUGUCACGUGAACAGAGGCAAGGUCUUUUAGAUUUCUUGCCGGGAUAAAUGGGGUUAAGCGAAGAGCUGUUUGGGGCACACGCGCCGUGAGAGUUCUUGAAUGUUCCUCAGUCGUAUCAAGCAGAGCAGAUGUUUAAUCAACAAAACAAAAUCUCGAGUCAAAAUAGCUUGUAAUUAUUUUCACCUACAGUGUGAGCAUAGGAGAAUAUGUUUAAGAAAUAGAAAUAGUUAUUGUAGACAAUUCUAGAAGAAAAAUUAUUACGAUUUUC